AUGCCUCCACGUGUACGAGUUCCAUCGUUGCAUCGCCAGACCCUGAGAUGCCCUCAAGAACUUCGGGUCGCGUCUCGCAGCGCCAGCACCGUUGCUGCGCCUGCAGUCACACCCGCGCCAUCUAUCGAGCGAAUGACUCGCUCCAAGGCUCCGAUCGCAAGGACACCUCCUGCCCAGCUGCCUUCUCACCGCAACCCUGAAUACCGACGAUCACAGCUUCUGCGCCAAUACACGUCGCUCAUCCGCACAUCGCCAUUGAUGGUCAUCUUCCAACAUAACAAUCUGAAGUCCAUGGAAUGGGCUUCAAUCCGACGAGAAUUGACCAAGGCUCUUCAAAAGGUGGACGAGAAGAUUGCUUCUGAAGGACGAUCGGCUCCACAGCUGGCGCCGUAUAUCAAGCUGCAAACCAUCCAGACCAGUAUCUUCGAGGUCGCCAUUCGAAUCGUCGAGUACUUCCGGCCCAACCAGGCCGCUCAGGCUGCCGGACAGCCUCCGAGUGCUGUCGACCCCAUCACACAAACUUCCGCCGAGCUACCGGCCCUCUCUGGCUCCCGGGACGAUCCUGCCUUGACGCAUGACCUGUCCCGCGCCGCCUAUGCUGCGGUGAGGAAUCUGAAGGGACGCCACGAGCUCGGCGAUAUCCUUGUUGGCCCCAUUGCCAUCCUCUCCAUCCCUGCCGUCUCCCCCGAACACAUGAAGGCCGCUCUGUCGAUCCUGACGCCAAAGGAGUCUGGAUUCGCAGCCCCUACCCGUAAGGGUAACCCAGACUAUCAUGACCCGAUCGUCCAGACUGGUCUCCAGAAGCUCAAUUUGCUGGCUGCUCGGGUUGAUGGCAAGGUCUUUGAUAUUAACGAGACCAAGUGGGUCGGCAGCAUUGAAGGAGGUAUGGAUGGUCUGCGUGCGCAGCUGGUCAUGGCUCUGCAAAGCAUGGGAUCCAGCGUCACAAGCACUCUGGAGGGAGCUGGAAAGAGUCUGUAUCUUACUAUGGAGAGUCGACGAAGUGUUUUGGAAGAGGAACAGAAGCCCGCCGAGGAGAAGACAGAGUCUUCGUAA